AAAUUAAUAUUUUUUAUUAAACUAGACAUUCCUACUACUAAUCAAAAUCGAAAAAAUAUACUCAAAGAACUUUUAGAUGAAACGACACAAACCUUUUCUAACUUAAAUAAGAGGGUUUGAUCCGUGAUUUAUGGGCAUCAACAUUAAUUAUUUUUUUUAACAAAAUUAAAACUCUUGUUUAAAUCCCACAAAAUUCAAAAAAUUAUUUUCUACAAUUGCGCGCAUACAGUGAAGUGCGAGUGAACGUAAGAGGGAAUGGUGAUGCGCAUUUCUGUGCUGAAACUCAACCAUGGCGAACUCAUCUCUCUCUCAAAGCACAUCACAACACUUCAAUCCCUUCUUCAAUUCCACGCCGUCACAGUCACCACCGGAAACUCCACCAACCCUUUCAUCGCCGCCAAACUCAUCUCUCUCUACGACAAUCUCAACCACCCAUCUUCAUCUUCCACACUCUUCCACUCUCUUCCAUUCAAAGACACUUUCCUAUGGAACUCUUUCCUCAAAACCCUUUUCUCUCGCUCUCUUUUCCCUCAACUUCUCUCUUUUUACUCCCUUAUGCGUUCUUCCAAUGUUUUGCCGAACAAUUUCACUUUUCCUAUGAUUGCUUCUUCUUAUGCCCAUUUGUUGUUUCUUCCUUCUGGGAUGACCCUUCAUGGAUUAGCUUAUAAAGUUGGUUUUUUUGGGUCUAGUUCAGCUGUUGGGUCAUCGUUUGUGUCGUUGUACUCAAGGUGUGGUGAAAUGAAGAAUGCAGUUAAGGUGUUUGAUGAAAUUCCUGUUAGAGAUGUUGUUGCUUGGACUGCGCUUGUUAUUGGGUAUGUGCAGAAUGGGAAGAGUCAGAAAGGUUUGAAGUGUAUUAGUGAGAUGUAUGGGGUUGGCGAUGAUGCUCAGAGGCCUAAUGCUAGAACGUUUGAGGGUGGGUUUCUUGCUUGUGGGGAUUUGGGUGAUUUGUUUAGUGGCAGGUGUUUGCAUGGGUUGGUUGUGAAAAAUGGGAUUGGUUUUUCGCUUGUUAUACAAUCUUCGAUUUUGUCUAUGUAUUGUAAGUGUGGGGUGCCCGAAGAAGCUUAUCGAUCUUUUUGCGAAGUGAUUGACAAAGAUCUUUUGUCUUGGACAUCGAUUAUUGGUGUUUAUGCUAGGUUUGGGAUGAUGAGUGAUUGUGUGAGAUUCUUUUGGGAAAUGCAGGAAAAUCAAGUGUGCCCGGAUGGAAUUGUUAUUGGUUGUAUUCUUUCGGGUUUUGGUAAUUCCAUGGAUGUGAUUGGAGGGAAAUCCUUUCAUGGAUUAAUCAUUAGGAGACAUUAUGUGCCUGAUGAGAUGGUUGAUAAUUCAUUGUUGUUUAUGUACUGCAAAUUUGGAAUGUUAAGUUUUGCAGAGAGGCUUUUCAACCCGUGUCAAGGAAGCAUAGAGUGCUGGAACUUUAUGGUUGUUGGCUAUGGUAGAAUAGGCAAGAACUUUAAAUGUAUUGAGCUCUUCAGGGAGAUGCAAUAUUUAGGUAUUCAUUCUGAAUCAGUUGGCGUAGUUUCUGCAAUUGCUUCGUGUGGCCAGUUACGAGAAAUCAACUUGGGAAGGUCAAUUCAUUGCAAUGUAAUUAAAGGUUUUGUGGAUGAGACUAUCUCGGUCACCAAUUCACUCAUAGAUAUGUAUGGAAAAUGUGAUAAGAUGAAUGUUGCCUGGAGAUUAUUUAACAGGUCUGAGAGGGAUGUUACCUUGUGGAACACUCUAAUUUCUGCUCAUAUGCAUGUCAAGCAUCAUGAAGAGGCCAUAAGUUUGUUUAAUAAAAUGAUUAUGGAAGACAAGAAUCCUAAUACAGUCACAUUGGUGGUAGUGCUUUCAGCCUGUUCUCACCUUGCAUCUCUAGAGAAAGGAGAAAGAGUUCACCACUACAUUAAUGAAAAUGGUUUUAAGCUUAAUUUGCCUCUUGGCACAGCUUUGGUUGAUAUGUAUGCCAAGUGUGGGCAACUAGAAAAAUCAAGAAAGGUAUUUGACUCAAUGAUGGAAAAGGAUGUAAUUUGCUGGAAUGCAAUGAUCUCGGGCUAUGGAAUGAAUGGAUAUGCAGAAUCUGCGGUGGAGAUAUUCAAACUUAUGGAGGAAUCAAAUGCUAGGCCAAAUGAAAUUACUUUCCUCGCUCUUCUCUCAGCGUGUGCCCAUGCGGGACUUGUUGAAGAAGGGAAAAACUUGUUCGCUAAAAUGCAAAGUUAUUCCGUGAAACCGAAUUUAAAGCACUACACUUGUAUGGUAGAUCUUUUGGGAAGGUCAUGUAAUCUAGAAGAAGCAGAGGAACUGGUAUUAUCCAUGCCCAUUGCUCCUGACGGUGGUGUAUGGGGAGCGCUAUUAAGUGCUUGUAAAACUCACAAUCAAAUUGAAAUGGGAAUUAGAAUUGCCAAUCAUGCUAUUGAUUCUGAACCAGAAAAUGAUGGAUACUAUAUAAUGAUGGCCAAUAUGUAUAACUCUAUUGGAAGGUGGGAAGAAGCAGAAAAUGUGAGAAAGACAAUGGAAGAUAGGUGUUUGAGGGGAAAGAAAGCUGGUUGGAGUCUGCUUUGAGCUAAAACUCCCUUUCUGUCAAGCAUAAUCAUUGGAUGGGUCACAGGAAAUUUCUGUAAGGUUACCUGGGUGGCAAUAAGCUUAAUUUCUUAAGUUUGGUCCUCUCAUAAGCCGUUUAUCAUCUCAUUAUUGAACAUUUGGGCUAAGGAAGCUGACAUGCUUCAAGCAUGAAAACCUGUUUGCGUCAUAGCUUCCAUGAGCAUUUGAUGCCAGUGCCACUGUGUUAGAUGCACAUAUAAUUGAGUUAGCGACCAGCUUACUUUUGAAUAGCGCAUGGGAUUUUGAACUUUGAAAAAAGCUGGAUGGAAGAGCAUAUUUUCUUUGUCAAGAUUUUUUAUGGCUGGCUUGCAGCAAUAGAUUGAGUUUAUGCAUAUUAUGGAAAUUUUGCACUUUGAUACUGUACGGGAUCACUGUCACUGGUAUUUUUUAUUGGGUUUGCUUCGUGAGCAAAGCAAGUGGAAGCGCCAAAUUUCUUAUUGUGGAUUAUCGGUUUUAAUCAUAGCUAGUUGUUGCUUCUUGGGGGAACACAUUUCAUACAAUCUACUAUACAACAUUGAAUUAAGAAUCGAAAGACGUAUGGAACAAACAUUUUAUUAAAUAGAUUAUUACAGGUUGCAGUGAGAAGGAAUGAUGUAUGUCUUGAUAUUCUUGAGACAUGUAUUCUUGUACAUCAAAUACCUUUGCAACAUCUGCAACAUGAGACACUGAUACUGACACACUACAUAUCUGCUUGCAAACAUAUGGACAAAACACUGAUCAAAAUAAACUACAUUUUUUAUUUAGGGGGCAUCAAAUGCUGCUUAAA